GCUUAUUCGCUCAAGUUGGUGGUUUUGGGUAUCAGCGGCGGAAAACAGCGUUCUGAGAGUCUGACAUAACAUUUUCUGUGUUUCCUGUUGGAAAAAGAAAUUACGCACUACUUGUAUUUGUUUUUAUUUUGUUCAAUUAUUCGAUCAUUUCUUUUUUGACUAUUUUAGCACAAAUGAAACAAGUUAAAAAUUGAUUUAUGUGAUCACAGUAGGGUUUAUUCUUUGGGAACCUAAUUGUCUCUUCUUCCUGUAAGAAAUUUAAAUAAAAAAAAAAAAGAAAUCGUUGAAGCUCGAUUGUUUGUUUGGAAGCGCUUUUGUCCUGCAGCUUAUGUUGCUCAGGCGCGUUUCCAAACAUACCGCAGGAUCGGCUUCCUACUUCUGAUUUCUGACUUUUCUGGAUUCCGAGCAGGGGAAUUCCAUUUGAUUAAUAACUUUCAUUAUUGGUGAUAGAUUUGUGGGGAUGAUAAAGACAAUGCAGUUUAGAUUCAAGCAUCUGCUUCUCUUUUUGUUCUUCCUCGUGGUCUUCCUUGAAUGCAUUACAGCAGAUGGUCAAAAUGAAAUUUCACAAAGAAUAAAAGCUCCCCACAAAAAUGUAGGGAACAAUGUUAUCGAUGGCACAGGUACAGAGAAGGUCAGAAAUUUUGAAGAGAACGACAAUGCAAUGGGUGGCUGGAAGGGUAGUUACAACAGAGUUUCUGUGUCCACAGUUGCACUUUUUACAUUAGCAAUGGCUGCAGCAACUGGUUUAGGUGCAGUUCCUUUUUUCUUUGUGGAGCUCGAUCCUCAGUGGGCUGGGAUAUGCAAUGGAAUGGCUGCUGGGGUCAUGUUGGCUGCAAGUUUUGAUCUCAUACAGGAAGGGCAGGAACAUGGUGCUGGAAGUUGGGUUGUGAUUGGGAUCUUAGCAGGUGGCAUUUUUAUUUUGCUUUGUAAGAAGUUUCUUGAACAAUACGGGGAAGUAAGUAUGCUGGACAUAAAAGGAGCAGAAGCAACUAAAGUUGUUCUUGUCAUUGGGAUUAUGACCCUCCAUUCAUUUGGGGAGGGCUCUGGUGUUGGAGUUUCCUUUGCUGGCUCAAAAGGUUUUACUCAAGGCCUUUUGGUUACUUUGGCCAUAGCUGUACACAACAUACCAGAGGGAUUGGCCGUAAGCAUGGUGCUUGCAUCAAGGGGUGUUUCUCCACAGAACGCAAUGCUAUGGAGUGUAAUUACAUCCUUACCACAGCCCAUUGUAGCAGUUCCUUCUUUCAUAUGUGCCGAUGCAUUUAAUAAAUUCCUUCCCUUUUGUACUGGUUUUGCUGCUGGAUGUAUGAUCUGGAUGGUCGUUGCUGAGGUUCUUCCUGAUGCAUUUAAGGAAGCUUCUCCGACUCCAGUAGCAUCAGCAGCUACAAUUUCAGUAGCAUUUAUGGAAGCUCUAAGCGCUUUGUUCCAGAACUUCAGUCAUGACUACAAUUCUGAGGAUGCUUCUGGCUUCUUUGUUUCAUUGCUUUUUGGUCUUGGACCUUUACUGGGUGGCCUUGUUCUUGUUGCAUUUGCUCUUGCUUUCCGCCUUCAGCAUGCCCUUCUCAUGGGUGCUGCAUCUGGCAUUGCCUUCAUCCUUGGUGCCUGGCGACCACUGCAACUACUUCUGUCUUUUAAGAUGGGAUUCUUCCCGCUUAUGUCACUACUUAUUGUAGGCGCUGCAUUUGUCCAUGUUUCAAGCUCUAGUAUUUUGAAGAUUGUGUGUAACAAAAGAGCUUCUUCAAGUAAUUUACCGUCAGUAACAGGAUCUCCUGUGAGUGUUCUCACACUUAAGUCGUUUUUAGCAUGUGGAGCAGUGGCUUUCCAUGCUCUGGCUGAGGGGCUUGCGCUAGGAGUGGCUGCACCAAAAGCUUAUGGACUUGGUCGACACAUGGUCCUUCCUGUCUCCCUCCAUGGGCUUCCUCGUGGUGCGGCAGUGGCCAGCUGCAUCUUUGGAGCUACUGACAGUUGGCAUGGCUCUCUUGCAGCAGCUGCUCUUAUUGGCUUUGUAGGCCCGAUAUCUGCAAUCGCAGCAAUAUUGGCAGGAAUUGACUACAGCGGUCUUGACCAUGUGAUGGUUUUGGCAUGUGGAGGAUUGCUCCCAUGCUUUGUUAGAAUAGUUCAAAGAGCAAUGAGGUUGGAUAUGCGGAAAAGCAGUUGUGGGCUUGCAGUAGGAGUUGGUUUUGCUACUCUGUGUUUAACGUGCACCAAGUUAGUGUGCUUGCACACACCUUACUGCAAUUCUGCUCCAGAGGCUGUAAGAUAAGAUGAUCGUGCUCAAGCACCAUAGUGCUUUUAACAAUACUCAAGUACGACAUAUUGCUGAAGUGUUUACUUGUUGGUUUGUGGAACAGAAUCUCGAGAAGAAAAGAUAUAAACGAAGGCCUCAGUGGGAUUUACAGUUCAACAUGAGAAGAUGGGGGUUUCUAUUGUACACUACUACACAUUAUUAACGGAUAAGGCGGGGAGUGGGAAUGCUUGUUGGGCGUCCCUUGGAUUUUAAAUCACAUGAGACCUUAGUUCUGAUUAAGAAUGUUUACAUUGAGACAGAGUUCAUGUCAGAUUGCUCAAAGAUUCUCGCAGUGGUGAAUAGAAAAGUUUCCUUUGAACA